CAACCCUCCCUGUUUGGCCUGCCAAUUCAGUUUGCGUCCGUAUCACAAACACCAACGCAUUCGCCUCUCUCGGCACUCUCGCGCUCUCUAUUGGAAUGUACGUGCAAAUGUAUAUAUUGCUGCGUGCGUGUGUGUGUGUCAUUUUCGCAGCUGUGUCAGUUCGUUUUACAUACGACGCGUGUUGGUGUCGGCAAGUUUCUCGUCCGAUUUGUAUUUGCAGUUAAAUAAAUAUAAACGCAACUGAAAGUGCUCGCUGGCGUGUGCGUGUUGUGGUUAAGCCAUGUCUGCAUUUAAAUCAAAUGUUAAAUUGUGCCGCGCUAUUGAGAGUCAGCCCAUACUGUAUGAUCAAAAUAAUCAAAAUUAUAGAAAAAGACUGCCAUCAGAGAAUUGCUGGGAUUUGGUCGCGUCAGAGGUGGGAGAGUCGGCGGAGCAUUGCAAGCGUCGCUGGCGUCAGAUACGCAACGAUUACGUGCGCUGGAUAUCAUCGGAUGAGCAGCGUCACCGCAAAGGGCUGAAGCGUCCGAGUUUCUACUUGGCCGAAGCGCUUAACUUUUUGAAUUCGCAUCUGGCGAUCGGCGAGCGGGACAGAGAGUCGCCAGAGAGCGAGCGUGAGCGAGAUAGCAAGAGCAAGAGCAAAGAGCCAGCGCUUGAGGAAUAUAAAGGCAAGCAAAAGGACAUUGCUGAGGCAGUGGAGGAGCAGCCGCUGGCCAAGCUCAAACAGACAGCUAAAGAUACAGAGUCAAACAAAGAUAUAGAUACAGAAAAAGAUACAGAAAAAGAUACAGAAAAAGAUACAGAUAAAGAUACAGAUAAAGAUAAAGAUAAGGAUAAAAAUUUAUCAAGCGAACAAAAGGCUCGAUCUGAGGGUACUGUCACGCCCACAUCCUCCGUAGACUCACCUGCCACUGUUGGCAGCUCCAAGCCGGAGUUUUUUAUCAAGCAGAACAGCAACAAUAAUCUGUCCAAUUGCCUGAUCAUUGGCAUGAAACCGCCCGCCUCGACGAGCAGCGACGCGUUGCUCGAUUCAAUGGCAGACGACAGCGGCGAUGAGACCGCCAGCAUGGGAGGCCCGCGGCGUUUGCGUCGCGGCGCCAGUCGCAUCAAGCAGCUACCCAUACAGAAGACAGCCGAGCAGCGGCUGACGCGUCUGCAGCGACGCAAGUCCAUGACCAUGGCAGCAGCUAACAGCCUGCUGAGCUCCACGUCGCCGGUCAAAAUGACGCACCUGCCCAGGCCCAGUUUGCCGGCAAAUGUAGCGCAGCCAAAGGCGGCCAACAAGCCGGUGACAAAGGCAACUUUGGCUGGCUCGCGGGACGACAUCUUUCCACGGCCAAGAGCCGCAGCUCCAGUCAAUCAGCAGGUGGUGCUAGCUCGUCAUCCAGGCGUUUCGAUGCCGAUGCCACAGAAGGUGUCGCAGCCACACGCUGCUAUGUCACGUCCUCAAUAUAGCAUCGGGCGUCCUCCGGGUCCACCGCGGAUUGCGACCAGCGCACAAGCUGUUGGUGCUAAACGCCUUUUGGCUGGCACCGCACCGCCUGGACCCCGAGGCAAUUACGCCGGGCAACAGCGUGCGCCAGCGCCGGCCAUCGAUGGCUUCAAGUCGCCCGCAACAAGCUUGGCAGCCACCGCGCAGACUUCGACCCAGCAGCAGCAGCAGCCACAACCACAGCGCGCCGUCUCGACGAGCAACACUUUGGUGAUCAGCACCACCAACUGCUCGGUGAGCAGCGCCGGCAGCAUGGCCCACACAGCCAACUCCAACUCCAUCUCCAGCUCCAGCUCCAGUCCCAGCUUAAGCUUUGCCACGCAGACGGCAUCGAUCACCGCUUCGCCCAUUUUGAGCACAACUCCACCCACCAUAGCCCUGAUCAAGCGCUGCGAGCGGGGCAAUCAGACCGAGUGCCAGGACAUCUUCUCGGACGAGCAUUUCUUGGACAUGGUGCGGCCGCAGAUGCGCGAGAUGAAUCCACGCCAGAAGAUGCACUUCAAGCAGAAGAUCUUUCAAGCGCUCAUCGAGAUCUUCGACGAUGCCACCGACUUUCCAGCCAGCGGCGAGGUGCAGCACUUCAACAUCAACACGCCAUCGGGCUUCGAGCAUGUCACCGACGGAGAGCUGCGUCUCAUACGGGAACUGGUGAGCAUGGUGGGCGCCGCCAAGCAUACAGCUAAUCCACCUGGCGCCGACUCUACCUCGCCAUCCAAUCAGCGCGUGGCAGCUGUCAAGCCGCCACACGUAGUGCAACGCGUCUUUAGGCCCACAAUAACAACCUCAGCUGUGGGCGAGGAGAAGAAACUCUAUCGCAUCAUGCCAAUGAAUAGCCAUGCCAAGAUCGUGGCUGGUGUGGGCGCAUUGUCGGAUCAGCGCAAGGACAGCAUCGACAGCAACGGCAGCAGCUCCAGCACGAUUCCCUUGGGCGGCAAUGCGGGUCGGAACGGCACCUUCGUUGUGCCCGGCACCAGUCCAAAGCCACCGAUACGUGCGGACCCCUUGACCCAGUUGUUGGCUCAAGCGGGCAAGGCAGCGCACGCUCCUGCUGGCUCCUCGAAGGAGCCCAUCCUGGUGCGUCAAAUGGGCAGACGAUAUUCGGUCUGUGGCGGCGGUGGUCCCAGCAACUCCUUGAGCGGCGCCACUUCCAUUGCCAAUGCCGCCAACAUCGACGUGGCUCUGCUCAAGCGACGCAUGCCGCCAGCUGCGCAGCCCAUGGCAGCUCCAACACAGCGGCCGCGUUACUCGCACAGCCCUCAGCCGACAAACCAGAUGGCAGCCAUUGCGCCGGGCAACAGUCUGCUGAUGCGUCGCGUCAACGCCAAUGGCAGCCAGCGGCAAGUUUCGCCGAAUGCAGCGGGCGCCGUGCCACAGAAGACGCCGCAGAUUUCGAGCAUUCAGGGCAGCGCCUUCAACGAGUUUGCCACGCCCUCGGCAGUACGUGGCAGCAGCGGCAACAGCAGCGGCAACAGCAGCGGCAACAGCAGCAGCAACAGCAGCAGCAGCAGCAACAACAUCUCAACAGUUGCCAACUCGCCACUCAAACGUGCCAUGAUCGUGGCCAAUGCGAAGAGCAAUGCACAGUCAAAGGCAACUUCGCCCGCCGCUCGCACACAGGUGAGCCCAGCUAGCGGCCAGGUGAAAGCCGUCCAGUCGCCAGGAUCCAAUGUGGCCAAUCUCUUGGCCGAGACACGCCCAGCCGUGCCCAACUCCGACAUGGCGGGCAUCAUUGCAGCGGAUGACUUCGACAUGGGUCGCCUGAAGCGGGAGCCACAGGACCCCGACGAGCAGGUCGACGAUAUACUGGGCAUAUAAAGGUGCCAACAACUCGAAAUUGAAAAUGAAUCUAACAGUAAAACUAUUCUCUUAAUUUCUAUUAUAUAUAAUUUCCAUACAUAUAUAAAUGAGUCAAGCUAAUGACUUGCGAGAUUCGAAUAUGCCUUCAGUUCUUGAAGAUAAAUACACA